UUGUUCUCUUGAAAAUCAUUUUCUAUGAAACAAAAGAUAAAAAAUCAAACAUAAAUAGACCAGAGGUCACUGAGUGCCUACGGUAGAUGCUGCCAUCUACUUAUUGACUUAUUAGAUGGCGUUGUGGUAUAGGCGCCAUUGGUGUCAUAGUCAAUCACGAAAUGGCGUCAUGUAAUGUUCGUGUUACGCAUCAGGGAAUAAAAAUUAUUAUUCGCAGAAAAUUUCAAUAAGUACGUCGAAAAUUAUAUGAAAAGAUAUGAUAAGAUCAACAAUCACUAAGGUAUAUACAGUUUAGAUAAAUACAAAAUCAUUUAUUAAGUAAAUUUUCUCAACAGUACUCCAAAAAUAUGACGCCAGCAAACAUGGCUGGUAUAGCAUAAUAAUAAACUAGACAAUAACUCGAAGCAUUUUUGUAUCACGAACACGAAGAAAUCAUAAAAAAAACAAUAGAUACAUAGAGAUAUAAGCGAGUCAUUCGGAAAUGUAAAAAGAACUACGAAUGAACAGACGAUAAAACUGGAAAGAGAAGCAAUAGAAUAAGUUGAAGGCAACGCGUCUGCGUGAACGACGCCAUAGAUCUAAUAGUAGUUGACAACAGAUACGAUUUUAGCGGGAGGACGAUGAAGAAGAGUGAGGCUACGACGGAGAAAGAUGGAAAAAGAGAGAGUAAAAAAAUAUACGUGACAUUAUAUCGAAGCAUUAGUUAGAUAAAGAAAGGAGUAUAGCUGUGAAAAAAAGGACGCGGGGUGUGGAGGUUCGGGUUAGCUCGUUCGACCCGUUAUCCUUCCUCCCCUUGAGUCCCGUGACCCCCACCUAGCCUUGCUUCAAUUCCUCCGAGUUUCCCCACUUCUUUGGUAACCAAGUGUUACCCCUACUACAGUAUAUACCUCCCGGCGGGGACGCCAGAUCGUGAUCGCAAGCCGCCUCUCGCAGUAGAGUCGUUUCAUUCCCCUCUUCAUCCCCACCAUCAAACAAAAUACGGUUGGCUAGCGAGCCACGCUACGCUCCCGCCACGGUGACGUCACUUCGUGUAGUGUAGUGCAGUGAGAAGGAGCGAAGCCAGCUCCGUUCGUGUACAUGUUCAAGUUAAAAGAGCGGUUGUUAAACUGUAUACACUAAGUAAUAGGUAGAUACGUAAGUUAUCAACCUAUGGGAUAUAUAAACGCAACAAAGUAAUACUGAAGCGUCUACAAGGAAUUAUAACCUAUUCUUACAUAGUUUCAUCAACGUUGUGUAUUUCACGUAACCGUGUGUGGCAAGUGAUGUGAAAAAGCCUGUCGGAUUAGUAUCAGGCACAUAAAACGGAGUUUGUGUUACGUGCAACAUUAAAUAAAGGAAAAAAUUCCAUCUUUUCUGUCAUAUUGAUUACUGUUAUUAGUAUAAGUUUGUCAAGUGAUAUCAUCAACGAGUUUCAAUCAAGCAAAGGAUAAAGGAAAAAAAUUAUUCGCGAGUGUAAUAUGUUCGAACGAAAUGGAACGAAUCAUCGUCGAGAGUCGUUGUGCCCGGGUGGUGAUGUGUCGUGUAAUUAGGGUCUUUUUAGAUUAGUGUUGUACCAUGUGGCGUCCAGCAACGGUUUUCUUUGCUGCUACCAGUGGUGUAUUAUCCCACGACUCAUUGGCGGUCGCGGUGCUGUUUUAUCGCGAGCGCAUAAAGUUUCGUUUUUUCUGCGCUGCCACGACAACCCCCGUGUAAGGGGUCACCACCUUUUACCAUCUAGUGAUUAGUGACCAGUGUGAUUGAUUGUUUAAAGUGGUGAUUGUUAAAAAGAAGAAUUUCAUUGGAAAAUUCUUCAGUUGUGCAUCAAUAGUACGGUUUUGAAAGAAAAUAAAUAAAUAACGUCUGAAAUAAUUCUUAAAUCGACGGUCAAAUUGAAUUUAACGUGAGUGUGCAUGAGAGCAAGAGAGAUAGCCAAGCAGCGUCUCUCACGCUACGGCUCUGCAAGUGUGUAUUGGUGGUGAAAAGUGUGCCUAAGUGGAAAUUUAUUUGUAUUAAAUAUUAAAAAAUUUUGUUCGAAGUUGUGUGUCGUUGUACAGUGCCGCCAAACGAUAACACAACAUCCGAUCCCAAAUGAAGAGUUCGGAGCAAAAUGGUUAGAGAGACACGUCACCUGUGGGUUGGAAAUCUGCCGGAAAACAUCCGUGAGGAUCGUAUAAGAGAGCAUUUCAAACGGUAUGGACGCGUGCAGAGCGUCAAAUUAUUACCCCGGGGCGAGGAGUGCCCUGUGGACGGCGGAUCCGGAGGUUCACUCGGUGAGGGAAGCGAGGGUGGCUCUGGUACAGGAUCCGGGAGUGGAAGUGCUGGGGGUGGUUCGACGAGUAGCGGGGGUGCCUCAGCGACGGUGGCGUUCAUGGAUAUCAAGUCCGCAGCGAAGGCUCACGCGACUGAACAUACCUUGGACGAAAGAGCCCUUACAACCCAAUACUACGAACCUCAGCAUCUUCAGCAUAGGUUUCCCACGCACGGAAGUUCAGAGGAUCAUGGAUCCAGCGUUAACAGUAGCGCAGGGAGCGGAGUCUCAGGAAGUGUCAGUGUUGGAGUCAGUGAGAGAGGAGUCGAAAGAGUUAGCGAGACUUUCGAGUCACGCGUAUCCCACGGAAGUUUCUACGCCGGUGAUAGAAGUAAUCGAGUGGAACACUCGGUUGAUUCGUCAACGGUCGACCCAGUGGGUUAUAUUCCCCGAGGAAGACCAACACCAACGAGUGGCUACCACGUGACGUCGACGAGGGCGAGGGAUCGGUUGUAUCCACGCACAAGUUCGUACGCUGCCGGUCCACCGCCACCAUCUCAUUUAGAUCGACAUCGAGGUGGUAUUCCUUUAUCGUCUUGGAUUGGUUAUGAGUCAGGAUCGUCGAGGUAUGGAUCAGGACCACCACCCCCAUCACCAGCGGCUACCGAUAGCUAUCAGGAAGAACCUGUUGGCGCGCCCUCGAUUAGGCCGUCGUGGGACAUACCAUCACGCUCUGCUUUUCUGUCAGGUGGUGGAGUCAAUAGCGGGAGUGUCGGUGGGAACAGUGGGAGCGGCGGAAACAGUGGUACACUGAGACAACACAAGAAACAAAGAAGAAAAUCCCGCAGUGGUAGCAGUUCACCAAGUGGUUCCAGUUGUUCUGGAAGCAGUAGCAGCAGUCGAAGUAACAGCUCUGCUGGCAGUUCAUCUGGCGACAGCAGUUCUCCAAGCAGUUCACCUCAUCGUACUGGUAAUGCUGCUGUAUCCGAAGACAGGAGGCCGUUGGCGAUUUGUGUGAGAAAUUUACCAGCAAGAAGUAGCGACACCUCACUCAAAGAUGGACUUUUUCAUGAGUACAAAAAGCAUGGGAAAGUUACGUGGGUUAAAGUGGUUGGUGCAGCAAGUGAUAGGUAUGCACUUGUUUGCUUCAAGAAGCCUGAGGAUGUUGAGAAAGCGCUCGAGGUCUCGCGUGACAAACAGUUCUUUGGAUAUAAGAUUGAGGUGGCGCCUUAUCAAGGAUAUGAUGUUGAUGAUAAUGAGUUUAGGCCGUUUGAGGCUGAACUAGAUGAAUAUCAUCCUAAAGCAACACGAACAUUAUUUAUUGGCAAUUUGGAAAAAGAUGUCACGGCGUCUGAACUCAGGAAGCAUUUCGAGCCAUUUGGAGAAAUUAUCGAAAUCGACAUUAAGAAGCAGGGAGCCGUGUCAAGUUAUGCAUUUUGUCAAUACUCGGAUAUCACUAGUGUUGUUAAAGCAAUGAGGUCGAUGGAUGGUGAGCAUCUUGGUGCAAAUCGUAUUAAGCUCGGUUUUGGUAAAUCCAUGCCGACAACGUGUGUGUGGGUUGAUGGUAUUGGCGAGUGUGUCUCGGAGAAGUACCUGAAUAUGCAAUUUCACCAAUUUGGACCUGUUAACCAAGUGGUGGUAGAUCGUGAACGAGGCCACGCGCUUGUGUUUUUUGAACAAAUUAAUUGCGCUCAAACGGCGGUCAAAGAGAUGAGAGGUGCAUCAUUAAGAGGACGUCGACUACAAGUUGAUUUUGCCUCGCGGGAGUGUCAGGAGACAUUCUACGAACAUCUUGAGCGGCAAGGUGUCACAGGCGAAAAGCCAUGGGAUUCGAGGCCGUCACCCGUAACGACAUUCGAAGUUGCGAGGGAGCGAAGUUUUGAGUCUGCUGUCACCGUACCUAAUUCAGGGAGCUGGUUUACCAGGUAUGAAACACCACCUCGAGCAAGGACAGCGAGUUAUUCUCGGACUCCAGGAGGUGGAAGUACGCCUGGUGCUAGUCCUGCUCAUCCUACGGCUAUGUCACGGACUAGUAGACGUUCCUAUCAAGCGGAUCCGUAUUAUGAUGGUGAUUACCCUGAUCCUGCGCCGAGAAGAUUCAGGAGUUAUGAUGAAUUUAGCCAAGGAAGUGGUGCAAGUCAUGACGAUUACGAAAGUAGUGUUUUAGGAGACAGUAAACUUAAUGACGACGAUUUAUUACCUCCUCCUCGACGUCAUGUGGUUCAAAGUGUUGUUACUAGUGUUGAACCUCCUCCAUCGUCAAUGUUACACCCACCACCAGAUAUACGACAUCUACAAAAAGAAAGAGUGCAUUUGCUUGAACAAUUAGAAGAAUGUCAUAGUAGUGGUGAUGAGGGUUUUGCGCCUAAGAAACGACCAAAGCUCGAGUCAUCGUCGUCAAUACUUUGCGAGGAUGAUGAACCUGAAAUAGCAUCACUUCUUGUAACCUCACACUCUGGAAGAAAAGGAAUGGAUGUGAGAAGAGUUAGUGAUAGUAAAAUACUUGUACAUCAUAGCACACGAAGAGGAAGUUGUGAAGGACGGGGGCCUGGACCUUGUAAAAGAAGAAGAGAUACUUCAAGUAGACAUCAUGAACAUCAUGAUGGCUCUAGGCCUGGUACGCCUCUUGUAGAUGAACGACCAGAGAAUAUCAUUCCAAGUGAGCCUAGGAGGUUUAGAGAGAGAAGUCAAGAGGGUCCACUCUCAUUGCCUCUUCCUAGGUUUGCUGCACAAAUGAUGAAUAAUAACAACACGAGUAAUAGCAACAACAACAAUAACAACAAUAGCAGUAGUAGUAGUAAUAAUAGUAACAACAAUAAUAUUAACACUAUUAGUAACAAUACUAUUAACAAUAAUAAUACUAGCUGCACGAAAUCGAGCAGUUCAGGAUUAUCAAAGGUCAUGAGUCCGCCAGGUGCAUCUAAUUUAUCAUCAGUUCCUAGUCCAGUCCCUCAACCACCAGCAUCUCCACCUCCAAGACAUUCAAGUCCGAGUCCAACGAGCUCAGACAGUGAAAUAGCACCACAAUCUCCAAGUUUUGCCGAGAAGAUACGUUCUCUUGAUGAAAGGUACGAAAAAUGGUCAGGCUCACGAGCUUUAAGUGCUGCAGGCGGUGAUACAUUAGCAAGGCUUGAUGCUUCAGCAUCGGAAAAGUUUAGGCUGCGUCAUAGACUUCUUGAUCUUGACGUCAAUCAACUUCAACCUUCAGACAUCGCUCAAUCGGUGUUGGCAAAAAAGAGUGUAUUUGACGAAGAUUCUAAAAGACUUGAAAAUUUUAGCGAGAAAUAUGAACCCAAAGAAUUUACUGGAGUAACUGGUGUGGGUUCUUCGAGCUUAUCAUCUAACUUAGGCAGUAGUGGGGCCUGUAGUAGUAAAGUUGGUUUGCAGUAUCCGUUCCCUAGUCAUCCACCGGUACAACAGUCCAACAAUACUACAUCUAGUACAGGAAACAUGGUUUCUUCAUCAAUCUUAACGACAGUAGCAACAGCAGCAACAACGACUCUUGUUUCGCCCUCGCUCAAGACUGAUCCACGAACAGCUGUACAUAACUGUGUACAUCCAACGCCUGCGACUCCAAUUACUCCUGGAACAUCAAUCAAGACUGCCAGUCCAGAGUUACCUCCGGUAUCUUUACCAAUUGGGCUAGGUAGCGGUACAGCAGCGAGUAUCAACAGCUUUAACAGUAGUUUGGCAUCAGCAAGUAAUCUUAAUAGCAAUUCUGCUCAAGCUCUUGCUGCCUCUACUGCAAGAACAACCAAUAUUGGAUCUACCUCGAUAGCUAGUGCAGUUACAUCUUCAACAUCAACUUCUAGCAUAGCAUUAAUUAGUACAAUAACUUCUAUUACUACUGCAACUACGACUAUUGCUACAUCAAGUAGUAGUCAUCAUCAAUCAUCUACGUCUUCAGCAUCCAUAACUUCAACUUCUUCCAUAUUAUCAUCUACAAUAACAACCCCUUUAGUUGAUUCAACUCGAAUAAAACAAAGAAAGGAAGGUAGCAGUAAAGAUAGUCGCGAUAGUCGAGAUCCAAGGCAUAACAGGGGAAAAGAGAACUCUAGGAAAACGAAAAAAGAUGAUAAUGAACUCGAAAAGAAUCGAAAAGAACGAGAUGAUAAAGAUGAAAAGUCUAUUACGUCGAUUGAGUCAUCGAGCGAAACAGAAAAACAUAGCAGAGAAAUGAAAGAAAAUAAAGAAGCUAGGUAUGAACGUAAAGAACGAGAAGAGCGUGAUAAGAGAGAUAAAGAAGACCGAGAAAGACAAGAAAGGCGAGAUAAAGAGGAUCGUGAUAGACAAGAACGAAAAGAGCGAGAGGAACGAGAACGACGAGAAAAAGAUGAAGAACGUCGUGAAAAAGAGAGGCUCGAUAAAGAACGUCAAGAAAAAGAAAGGAAAGAAAAAGAGGAAAGAGAACGCGAAAGAAAAGAACGGGAAGAAAAUGAAGCUCGAGAAAAAGAGAAACGUGAAAAAGAUCGAAUUGAAAAAGAACGAAAAGAACGGGAAGAAAAAGAAAGGCAAGAACGACGAGAACGAGAAGAGCGUGAGAGGAAGGAACGGGAAAUGAGACUUGAGCGAGAGAAACAAGAAAAAGAACGAAUUAGAAAAGAACGAGAAGAACAAGAGAAACGAGAAAGAGAAGAACGCGAACGAGUCGAGCGGGAAAGGAGACGAGAGGAAAAAGAAAGAAUCGAUAGAGAACGGAAAAGAGAGAAGGAGGAGAGAGAAAAAGUUGAACGUGAAAGACGAAAAGAAAAGGAAGAACGUGAAAAGCAAGAGAAAGAGAAGCGAGAAAAAGAUGAGAAAGAGAAACUUGAAAAAGAGAAAGAAAAACAUGAAAAAGAAAAGAGAGAAAGGCGAGAAAGAGAAGAUCAAGAGAGGCGAGAGAAAGAAAAGGCUGAACACACCAAAAGACGUGAUCGCGAAGAAAAAGAUAAAGAAAAACGCGAUCGCGAUGAAUCAAGACGACAACCUACGGAAAAUCAUCUUCAUCUUUCAAAUCAGACUCAAGGGCAAGCUUCUCCUGCGCCUGUACCUUUAAAACGACGAGGUUCCUCUCAAGAUACUCCUCAAGAAGAUGAGAGUAAAAGAAUGAAAAUUUCUGACCACAGAAGAGACAGCAAAGACCGACCUAAACAAAACCGAAGGUCAGAAGAUCGAAAACACAGAAAUGAUUCACACAGAGCUAGUCGAGAAAGCAGGGAAAAUCGGGACAGUAAAGAUUCAUCAACAUCAGUUCAAAGUCAAGAGAGUAGAGAGAGCAGAGAUGCAUCACAAUCUCAUACAGAUGUAAAUAAAGAACCUCGAGAUUUGAAAGAGUGUCGAGAAAAUCGGGAGAGUAGAGAUAGUCGUGAAUCAAGGGAAAGUCGUGAUAGUCGAGAGAAUAGAGAUAACCGAGACAAUACAAGUGGAAAAGACAAACAGAAAAAACGAAAUCGGUUGGAACGAUCGGAUAGAGAAAGAGAACGAAGUCCGCGGGUAUCUCAUGAACUCGAUAAAGAUUUUCUGGGAAGAAUAGAGCUCUCUAAACGAACCGAUGCAAGUCCUCCUAAUAAUCAAGGUUCUCAUCAUAGGGAAUCAUCACAACGUGACCAUCAUCAUGUUCCCCUCAAUCUUCACAGUGAUAAUGAUGAUGGUCAUUCUUCAAAUCAUGAAAUGCAAACGAGACAUCCGUCUCAUACUGAUACCGAUAGUGAUGAGCCUAAGAAACAUUCGAUAUUUGAUAUUCCUGACGAUGAACCUGCUUACAUUUCUAUGUAUGACAAAGUAAAAGCUCGAUCGACGAAAAAUAUGCAAAAACUUGAAGAAGAAAAGCGUCAAGUUAAGUUAAAAGAUAAAUUUUCACAGUUAAAACAAAGUCGUGCGAGACGCGAAGAGAAGAAACAAAGUACUUCCUGGGAUGGUGACUCUGUGAGCAGUAAAGCUCUUACAGAAGACGAAGGUACUUCUGAAUCAGACUCUACUCGUACUAAGUCACUUUCCAGGAAAGGAUCACGCUCACGAAUUCAUUCAGACACUAGUGAGGAAGAGGAAUCGUUCAACAACAAAGUACACAAGAUAAAAACUGAGAGAUUCUUAGAGAGUGAUGUUGAUCUUGGUUUUGCAGACACUGAAGAGAAACAUAAUAUUACAGUGUCUUCAUCAAUAAAUAACAUUAGGCCGGUUAAAGAAGAACCUAGAUCUUCAGACGAUGAGGAACGAGUGGUUUCUUUCCCAUCAAAUCAUCCUGUUGUUAAUAAUCAUCAGCGAGAUUCGAGGAAGAAGUCUCAUAAAAAGAAACAAAAACGUUCAAAAAUAUCUGUUUCUAGUGAAGAAGGAAGUAUUAAACUUGAAUCUUCGGACAAUAAUGAACAUAAAACUAAAAAUGUAUUGUCUAGUUCUACUGAGUGUCGGCCAAAUCAUGUCAAUGAUUCGACUACCGUUGCAUCAGCGACAGUUAGUGAGACGUCUGAUGAUAGAAUGCGAGCUGAGAAAAAGCAGAGGAAUAAGAAAGAAAAGCGAAGAGAAAGAACUAGUGAAGAUAAAGCCAAGACGAGAAGAAAGAGACUUAGUAGACAAGAAGCAAGAGAUUCUCAACGAAUGGAGGAUAUUUUUGGUCCUUUAUCUGAUGAUGUUGACGAAGCACCACCAACAGCAUUCUUCAAUCGUCUGGGCAGUCUUCCAUCAGAAAAUAACGCCUACGGGUCUGAUAGUGACGUUGCAAGAUCUCCUAUACUCGAUGUAGAAAGAGUCAGAAGAAAAACAGAGAAGAAGCGACGUCAUCAAGCUGAAGAUGAAAAUAGUGUUGAUCUUGCAGAAGCUGGACGAGAAAUUGAAGCUAAACUUCUUGGAUUACCUGUCUCUCCUAAGACUGCAACUGGUACAGAGAGCAAUGACCAUGACGUCUUCAGGUUUACUGAUGACAAUGAUAGUAUUGAACCAUCAACAUCUGCGACGGUGCCAGAAAAGGUCAAAGAGAAAAAGAAAAAGCGAAAGAAGUCAAAAGAGGAGCGUAGUAGAAAGGAUUAUCAUCAUCACCAUCACCACCACCAUCAUCAUCAUGAUAAAAGUGGAGCCUUGCCGUAUUUGGGAGCUGAUCCUAGUCCUCCACGAGCUAGUAGUCCUCUACCUCGUAAAACUGCUUCUCCGACUCUUCCAUCGAGAGAAACAUUGCUCAGUCCUAUUCCAAAGAAUUCAACACCUAUCUCUGCACCUUUACCAGUCGAUACAAUUUCUACUAAAUUGGAAAAGAAAAAAGAUAAAUUUAUUCCUGGUUUUGGUAUUGAUAUCGACGAAAAAAUUCAUGAAAAUGCUAUUAAAAGCAUAUCUGAACCUGAAGAACGUGAAAGUGAUCGACAGUCUGGUAUUGGUAAUCAUGAACCUGAAGUGUCAGCACCCGCUACACCUCCGCCACAAGUGGAAGAUAAACCUCGAGUUGUUAUUUCACAAGAAGAAACUGAAGAUGCGGUGGCUGCCUUACUGGAAGAAACCUUUGGUGUUUCUACAGAAGACUUUUCGUAUGAAGGUGACGAAGAAGAAGCGGAAGCUGACGGUGCUAGUGGUCCACAACCAGAAGCACCUCAAGAAGAUGUUGAAGAAAUGCAACAAGCUGUAGAAAGCCUUAAUGCAUCUACGGCGGAAGCUGAUGCUGAUUUAAAACCUGAUACUCCUCAAAGUGAACACGAUUUACAAAUUGACACUGAUACUGAAGAAGAUCCUACAUAUGACUCAUUCGACCUAACACAACCACCAAAGACACCGGAUAUUCCUUCAUUCUACAAAUCUCCAGUUAAUAAACAAACUGUACCAGUAGUUCCUGAGAAGGUAGCACAAAAUUCAAUGACUCCGCCAGUUUCUGUAAAACCACCAAGCCCGCCGCCAACUUCAAUUAUCACGCAUUCGUGGCCAGACGACCACAAACCAGUCAUAACUGCACCACAAACUGAAGCCACAGAUGCGGAAGUCAAUCAAGAGAAAUUUGUAGGUCAUGAGGCUUUAACGGUUCCUCCAUCUUCACCCACGCCUCAAUACAAGCAACCAUUCCCUUGUAGUGUACCUAUUAUUAAUGAAACACCAAGAUUAUCAGCUGCUAGUCCACGACCUUCUGUUACCUCAGCGCAGCAGCCUCUUUAUCAAAGACUUCCUGUCUCACCACAAAGUCAAAUGGCUCCACCACUACGACAAACACCACCAAGGAUGCCAGUAGUUACGACAAUACCGUCUUCAUCUGUAUCUGGAACGCCUACAACGGUACCACCUCUUGUUCAAUCUCGAGUUUCAACUCUUGUACCUUCACAAUUAUCUCCACGUGUUUCUCAACCAUUAUCGCCUAAUGGCCAAUGGUCCAGAGGCUCUACAAUUAGUUCUCAUCUUUCUCACGCGGUAAAAUCAACAACAACACCUGCAAGAAUAGCUGUGAGUGUUCCACUCUCGAUUCAUCGCCCUGAAGUAUCGUCUCAGCAUAUUUAUUCAACGGCUGCAAGUCAACAACCAUUAAUUCAACAUGCACCUGGAAUGCGAGCCUUGGCACCAAGUUAUCCUCGAGGAGGUCUUCCACCAUUAAGUUUAAAUAUUCCUACUCGUUUGUAUAUGCCUGUACCUUCACUAGUAUCUGGAAUUCCUAGAGAUCCAAGCAAACCACGAGAUCCAAUAGCAUUCGAAGGCAAAUCUGUUAUUGAAACACUAAUUCCAGCUCACCCUAAUGAGUCUCCACAACGAUUAGAUGAACCUAAAUUGUCUCCGGCUGUAAUUCCAGAAUCAACUAAUAAGGCCUCGACAUCUCCAAAAGUUCCUUCGCCCAAUCAACCACCAACAUUCAUUCCUGAGACAGCAAAAAUUGAAAUCAGUGCCAGCACAUCAACGUCCAUUCUUGCCAAAACUUCAAGUACAACUGAGAGUGUUGCUUUAUCUCCACGACAAAAGCAGCAGUCGAUUGCAGAAAGUGAUAUGUUAUCUCCGAAACAAAAGCAAGAGUUAACAAAUGUUCAUCUUCUUACAACUCAUCCUUCACAUACUUCUGCACCAAGUCCUGUUAUUGUUGCUCAUGGUCAACAUCUUGUCCACAAAUCUGUUGUUCAUUCUAAUAUCAAUUUAGUACCUCCAACUGUUUCAUCACCUAAUCAGCCAUUGAUAAAAACAGUUGUACCGGUCGUAAGCCAACAUGUAUCACAAGCUUCUCAAGUAUCUCAUGAAAAAUCACCGAUUGUCUCCCAAGCACAUCAACCAAGUGGACAAUUAUCACGACAAACUCCAAUUUCACAAGGAAUUUUACUCGUCAAGUCACAUAUUCCUCUGGUUUCUACUGUUACCCAAUCAUCAAUCACUAAAGUAUCUACUUCUAGUGUUACUUCAAUACCUACCACAAUUUCUACAUCGACAACACAGUCUGUGAUUGAAGCCAAUCCCACUGAUGUACCAGAAAGAUUUGGAGAUCAAAAAACUAAAGUUGAACCUACUGAAGAUUUGCCGACUCCACCAUCAUCGAAACCGGUUGUUACAUCAUCUCAACCACCUCAAACUUUCGAUGCAGAAAAGCAAGAAGAAACCUCUCAAGCUAUUGACCUUCAUAAAACGCCAGAGAUCGAAACUAAACCGCAAGAACAAGCAUCUGAAAAUAUCGAAUCAAAAGUUAAAGUAGAGAAGUUUGAAGAAGAAAAUACAGACAAUUCUACAGCUUCUUCAGCUCCUGUUAACUUAUCGGAAUCGACUGUCGUUAAAACUGAAUCUCAAGUAACGACGGAAACACCAGAAGAAGUUAAAAAUGUUGACGUGGCUGUAAAAAACGACGAUGAAGAUGAAGAUACAACUGAAGAGUCUGUAAAAGAGCCAAGUUCUGAUCCUCUGGCUAUUGAUAAUUCAAAAGAAGAUCCUACUGAUAGUAAAGAAGACAGUGAUUACUGGUCUGCUAAAGAAGUAAAUAUCGAAAGUGUCAUUAAAACUGUCGAUGCUCUUUGCGAUGCACUGUUUACAGGUAAAGAGAUUAACUAUGAUGAAGAUGAGGAAACAAGCGAAGAUCAUCAUGAUACGAGUAAAAGUGAAGACUGGCCGGAUAAUGAGUCUGCUGAAGGAGACAGCAAAAAAGACUUUUCUAAUAAUGAUGAUCAAGAUGAAGGGGUUGAAACGUGUGAAGUUGAAUCUACGAGAUCUCGUCGUGCAAGAUCAAAGAAGGGUCGUGGAGGUCGUGGUGGGGUGGCUUCCAGGCGAGUAAAUAGAACCACAACUCCGGGUAAAAGAGGUGGAAGGACAGCACGAAAUAACAAACAAGAAAAGAAUAAACUCCCGGCGGAUGUAUAUGAAUUUCAUGAUGAUAGUGAAGAAGAUAAUGCUGGCCGUCCACGACUUAUUUUAACCAUCAAAUCACCUGGACCAACUGUGGCUACUGGUCCUAAUGCUCAAUCUACUCAACCAGUGGCCGCUGUUAAAGAAGUUUCGGCCGAAGAAUUUGUGUCGCCAGCUGCAAAUACGAGAAAAUCUAAGCGAUUGGCUGAAAAAGAUGGUAGUAGAACAACUGUUGAUGAUGUUAUUGAAGAUGUUGUACGGGGUGCAGCCAAUAAAGGACUCUUACCUGGCACUCAUGCUACUAGAAGAAGUACUAGACACAAUAAUGCAACACCUAAACCAGUUCAACAACCAAUAAAUCCAGUAGAGCCACGUAAAUCAGCUAGAGGUGCUAGAAAAACAACUAGAAGGACUUCUGAAACCAAUGAAGAUAGUGGUGAAGAAAAGAGUAAAGAUGUAACAGUUGGAAGAGAAUCUAGUACUGAAGAGCCUGAGACAAAUGAAACUCCAAAGGUGGAAGAACCCAAGCCUACUACUCAUCCACAAGCAAUUCAAAAACCAACAUCUUCAGCGUUAGAACCAAUGACUCUUAUAGAUCCUGUUACUGGAAUGCUUAUACCGAUGAGAGAAUCUGAAGAGGGUCAAUAUAUACCCGUCUCUUCAGCAUCCGGACAGACUCAGAAUAUUCCAAGGCCUAUUGUAGAAACCAGAAUACUUACAGUUGAAAAUAAUACAAUUGAAAAUUAUCCUCAGCAUCCAAGACCUGUUUCUGAAGAAGUUAAACCGCCACAACCAAUACAACCACAAUCACUACCACCACCGCCAUCAACAGAAGUUGCAGAGCCAAGUAUGGAGCCUGCAGACUUGAGUCAACCAUCAAAGAAUCAAUCAAUAACGUCUCAGCCGAGUGUUAUUACGAAACCACAACCCCCAGCUGCGCCUCCAGUGUCUUCCGUAGUCAUUCAGCCGACAAUAACUUCAACAACAUCAACAAUAGUUACUACUGCUACGAAUCUUGUCGUUACUCAAACACCUGUGUCCACAGUACAAUCUAAGCCAACUAGUUUGAAAGCUCAUGUAUUAAAUCCAAGUAAACUUGCCAGCACUCCUGUUGCUCAACAAAUUGUUGUAAACAAGCCCAUGAUGUCUAUGCCAAGCCAACCAACAGUUUUGAAUAUUAUUAAACAGCCCAAUCAAGCACAUCAAGGACUACGUUUACAAAUUCCACCUGGUAGAGUAGUUUCUCCGAGUUUAAGUCCAAGAGCAAAGCAGCAACAAAUACCUCCAGUAAGCAGUUCUGUUGUUGCCGCAGCUGCUGCUAAUGGAAAGCCUGGCCAGCCAAUGUCACCAGUACUAAACAGUUCAAACAUUCCACCAAAUCCUAAGCAACAUCUUCUUCAAGCUGCUAAACAACAACAACAACAACAGCAGCAGCAACAACAACCGCCUACGAUCGUUAACAUGCCACAGAAAAUAGGGAUUAACGUUCAUCCAAGUAAUGUAGCGACAACUCCGGUCCCAAGAAUCCACAAUCCAGUUUCUCAAGCAACAAGUUUAAAGGGUAUCAAUGGUCAGCCUCAUUUACCCAAUCCAAAAGCUCAUUUAUUGCAAGCCUUAGUUCCCACAAUUGUCAGUGGAGGAGUUUCUAGUCCUCCCACUGAAUCACAUAUCAUUGGAUCCAAGCCUGUUAUUUCUGCAGCGAGUUGCUCACGUUCUGCAGUACUUAAAUCUCAGAUGGCUGGAAUGGAACCACCUAAAGUUGAGGUUUCAAUGUCUGGAUGUAUUAUGGUGCCAACUGCAAGCCCAGGACGAGGAGUUCCAGUUCCUCCCUUUGAAGCAGCACUGCAUGGACCUCCAGGCGCAGCUCCAUCACCAGGAGGUCAAUACGGGCUCGUUCCUCCACAUCGAACUCAGAGCCCUCCACUGCCCCCACCUGCUCAUCAUCAUGCUAAUGCUUCUCAGGGUGACGUUGUCAAUCAUUAUGGAGGACUUUCAAGGGCUGCUGAACUACCACCCCAUUAUAUACAUCCAUUGCAAUUCCAACAAUAUCUCAGAGCUCAACAGGAAGCAUUGACAGCUCCUCGAAUCGCGUAUCAUGUGCCUGAUGCACGAUCUCCUCAUCUUCCAUUAGAUCCAAAGAUGGAAGCGGGUGGUGAAGAAAGCCAUAGUCCACCUCUGGAGCUGAUAAGAGCCACUAGAACUCCUCAUGAUCGAACAACAGACAGCCCACAAAUCGCACAAGUUUAUAUGCUUCAUGGUAGUCAACGGCUUCCACCUCCGCCACAAUAUAAUGCGACAAAUCCAGCUCUUGCUGGCGGUCCUACAGGUGCUCGAGGUGGUUAUUAUGAUCCUCCACCUGCACACAUUCGUUCUCAAUAUCCUAUGGCUGCUAGUGAAGCACCAACAGACCGUGCACUUACUCCAGAUCGACACAGAAAACAUCAAGUGGCAACUCCACCUCAUGCCUCUCAAGUUCCUCCACAAGCAGAUUCUCUUCUUAUGCUCUUACAACGAUACCCCGUCAUGUGGCAAGGGUUAUUGGCUCUUAAAAAUGAUCAAGCUGCUGUUCAAAUGCAUUUUGUAUUUGGAAAUCCUAAUGUAGCUCAGGAUAGUCUUCCAUGUAACAGCGAUGGAUCAACACCACCGUUGAGAAUUGCUCAGAGAAUGAGGCUUGAACAAACUCAAGUUGAUGGAGUAGCAAGAAAAAUGCAGACUGAUAAUGAACAUUGUAUGCUAUUGGCGCUACCUUGUGGACGAGAUCAUAUGGAUGUUCUUCAACAGAGUAAAAAUUUACAGACAGGUUUUAUAACUUAUCUUCAACAAAAGCAAGCUGCUGGAAUCGUUAAUAUUGCAGCACCAGGUUCACAACAGCCUGCAUAUGUAGUACACAUAUUCCCAUCGUGUGACUUUGCCAACGAAAGCCUUGCUAGGAUAGCACCAGAUUUACUACACAGAGUGGCGGAGAUUGCUCAUUUAGUCAUCGUCAUCGCUACUGUUUGAGAUCGACAAGUUGACCAGAUUGUGAUCAAUCUCUGCAUUUUUUGUAUCAUUUCUUUCUGUCGUCUCUUCCUUCACGCCAAGCGGGUAUAUAUCGCAACGAGGCAUGAAGCCUCAGCGUCCCGUAACCACAAGGAUGAACUUCAGACUUUAAAGAAAAUCAACACUUGGAACCUGAAGAAAAGAAAUUUAUUGAUAAAAAUAAUAAUUUAAUGACAAAAAAUAAAUUACUUCCUACAAGAUUACCUUGACAAUAGGAAGGAUAACUGGCCAAAGGCUUACUUGAUUGAUUGUAACCCUAAAGGGGGACGGGGUUGUGAUAGAGGGGAGGUUAGCAAGGUAAAAGUAAGGUAUAAAAAUGUAAAAAAAAAAUCCUUGCAUUCCUCUGCACUCUUUUGGUGCCGAAAUUGGAAGGUUCCAAUGGUCUGGAGGGUCUUCAUUGACCAAACAGUCUAUCACUGAUCAUGUUUGUGGGAACGACCGACUUCACUCUUGGUCUCUCCGACAAGCUGGUCAGACACAUCCCCCUCCUACCAGGAUUUUAUUAACCAUUGAAUAACUAAAUAUGAUUUUAUAAGACAAAAAGAGUCUUUAUAAGUUAUCCGCACUUGUUUCUUUACACACGAUAAAAAAUAUAUACCUUCCUUGCACUUUGGUUGCGGAUAACAUUGAAUAAUCUGAUUCAUAAAGAAAGAAAAUAAAUAAUUAAUGAGUAAAAUAAAAUAAAUAAUAAGAAAACAGAAUAAAAUAACCAAUCUAUAAACGAGUUACUUUUUAAGGCUUAGACGUUAAUGUUGUAUAAAUUUAAGGGAGCCAGCGAGGGCAUAACUACUGUGAUUUUAAUUAUUUAACGAUAUCUGCAUAAAAAAAAAACAUAAAUGUGGCCGUUAAAAUGGUCCGUGCGAUAUGUGAUGUGUUUUUGUAUAAUAUUACUCUAUAUAAAUAUGAAACCAUUGUAUUAUAUAACUGUAACAAUAGUUGCUGCCGCCGCCGAAGCCGCUGCUGCUGCUCCUGUCGAAUUAGAAAGUGAAAGAUAAAAGUUAUAAAUUCAUGUAGACGUUAUAAUGAAGAAAAAAAUAAUUGAGCGAAAACUCUACCAAUGUAGUGUUUAUCUUUAGUGUAUCAUAAAAGUCUUUUAGCAGGAUGUACUAUAUUGCAAUUAUAAUGAUUAUUAUAAUUAUAUUAGUUAUUAUGGAUUAUUAUUAUAAAAUUAUUAUAAAAUUACUAUUAUUAUUAUUAUUAUUAUUAUUAUUAUUAUUAUUAUUAUUAUAUUAUGCUUAGAAUAUCGAUAUGUACAUUAUGAAAAAUUUAUAAUAUUAAUUAUAAUAAUUCUAAAUUCUUUAUUAUUAUUAUUAUUGUAUCAUUACUAUUAUUAUUGUAGUUAUUAUUAUUCUUAUUCUUAUUAUUAUUCAUGAAAUUUUCGUUCAUGAUUAUCGCCUAACGCUAUGCUGCGAAUUUAACACUAUGUCCUAUCAUUACUAUGCUACAAUUAUUACUUCUUAUCACUAUACUAUUCUAAUAUUACUAUCAGCUAACUAUUCUACUCUACUACUGCUGCAGUCGAUUAUUACUAAAGUUAUUAUUCAAGCUAUAGCUAAUUAUGUAUCGAUUUGCACGUUUAAAACAAACUAAAAGGGCUCUUAUUUAAAUUUAAAAUACCAUGUCAUACUAUUUUUCAUGUAUGACCGAUCUCAAAUGACCAUUAGUGCUGCCCUAUAUUCACUUUACCCCUCUUUAAAUUUAUGCAAAAUAUCUUUCUGACAAAAGAGAUUAAAAAAUCAUCAACAACGCGUCAUGAACGCUCCUAGCAUCAUAUAAUAUCUGAAAUAAUGCGGUGUUGUAUAAUAGAAACACAAAAAUUUACAUUAAAAGUAACACUGUGUAACACAAAGCCCUAAAAUAACAAAACAAAAUAAUGAAAAAUUGUUAAACAAGUUUUACCAGAGAUAAAACAAAAAAUCGAAUAUAAAAGAAUCAGUUAUUACAUUAUAUAUUAACAAUAUUGCUUUUGCGCAUAGGGCGCAUGUCUUUAGAGAGUACCAGUUAAUUAAAUUGAUGAAAAAAUGAUUCAAUUUACGAUGAGGUAUGGGCGGAGUGUAAUAACUUUUUAACUAAUUUGUUGACAUUCAACAAUGGUAGCUUUCAAGCUAGAAAAAAAAAAAGAUUUAUUAUGUAAAGAAAAUGAACACAGACUUGAGUGCGUAAAAUACA